UCCACCCCCUUCAUAUCCAACAAAUCAGAACCCCUUUCUCUCUCUCUCUCUCUCUCUCUCUCUCUUAUAAAAAGGCUCCCAAUAUCAAAUUCCCAAAAACAUCCAACCAAAUUAAUUAAUUUCUGCUUCUUUCAAAGACCCUAGUUUCCGAUCUCCAGAUUUUUCGUUUGAAUUUGAUUUCCAAUGGCUCGUACUAAGCAAACUGCUCGUAAAUCUACUGGUGGUAAGGCUCCCAGGAAGCAGCUUGCUACCAAGGCUGCUAGAAAAUCAGCUCCAACUACCGGAGGAGUCAAGAAGCCUCAUCGUUACCGUCCUGGAACUGUCGCUCUUCGUGAAAUCCGCAAAUAUCAGAAGAGUACUGAGCUUUUGAUCCGCAAACUCCCCUUCCAGCGUCUUGUUCGUGAAAUCGCCCAAGAUUUCAAGACUGAUUUGAGGUUCCAGAGUCACGCUGUAUUGGCACUUCAGGAGGCGGCCGAGGCAUACCUUGUGGGUCUCUUUGAGGACACCAACUUGUGCGCCAUUCAUGCUAAAAGGGUGACCAUCAUGCCUAAGGACAUUCAAUUAGCUCGUCGUAUUCGUGGCGAGCGUGCUUAAGUUGAUUGAAGAUGGAUAUGAGUAGCAGUUCUUAGGAUGAGUUUGAUAGAUUAAGUUAAGAUACAGCAACAUUUAGUGGGUCUGUUGGUGUGGUGGUGUAUAUACUCUAUACCUACUCGGAUAUGUUUUGAAAUACAUUGGAUACAUGUUUUAUGGUUUUCGGAUUUGUUUUGAAUUCAUCUCAUUCAUUCAUUUUGCUGUUGAUUACUUGAUGGGAUGUUUGAUUUAUUCACUAUGUAUCUCUUCUUAUGCUAUGUUAUGUUGUGGUUAUUCUACGAUUUGUGUGUAAUGGUUUA